UUGAAAUCAGCAGAGACCAAUACUUGUCUCUGCUAAAAUCAGUCAAAAUAUUAUCACUUCUAAGUAUGGUUGUUUUGUGGUAUUUAGAAAUGAUUAUUCGUCGUAAAUAAUAAGUAGAAUAAGUAAUUAUUUUAACAAUAAAUCAUGAUAACGCCUGACUAUUUUAUAAUCAUAUUUUUAUCAACAAUUGCUGUGAUUUUAGUUGUUUUUGAAAGCUACAUUUGCUCAUUUUUUAUCUGUGGACUCUACAUUGUUGGUCGUUUUUGGACAGAUGAAUUAAUUUCAUUCGUAAGAACGUUCUUAAUACGAAAUAAACAACAAUACAUUAAUAAAUUAAUUAAUAAUGAAGCUUGUAAAGUAUGCCGUGGAGAUGAUUGCAAUCGACAUCGACCGUCUAUUUACAACACUCAAGUAAAAAUUCCAAAAGAUCUCGAUGCUGCACUUCAUAAUCUUUUAGAGAAUGUUUUACAAACCUACGUUACUUCUUGGUAUGCAAACGUAUCAGCAGAUGAUGCAUUCCUUCACCAACUACGGCUUGCAACUACAAUAGCUAUCAGAAAUCUUACUGCACGACUUUUGCGUGUAAAAAUAUCUCAAUUGAUUUUUGAUAAUUUAAUUCCAAUUGCUUUACAACAUGCUCAAGAUUGGCAAGUCUUGGCUGAACAAGCUACAAAAAAAGGUGGAAAUCCAGAUGAUUUUGCAGUUGAUUACUUAGGACAUAGAAUUCAUCCUGCAGCUUAUUCUAGAGAGGAAGAAAUGAGUUAUUUGCGUGGAUUAGUUACUGGAGUGCUACCGCAUUUAUUACCAAGUACUUAUAUCUCUACUAAUAACAAGGUUCUGUUACGUGAAAUUUUAGCCAAUUGGGUUCUUUUACCUGCAAUGGAUGCACUAGCAGAUCCAGACAAUAUUAAUUUUUUAAUUAAAUUGGGUACUCAAUGUGAGGGUUUUUUAUCACAAGAUAUGGAUUCAGUAAAUGUUCCAAUUCUACAAGCGUGGGUUACUCCUGUUGUAACAAUUCAACCAUUUAAUGACCCAUUAAAACCGUCUUUGGAACAAGUACUAAAUGAUCCUCAGCUUCUUUAUUUAUUUAUGCAACACAUUAAAGAAACAGGACCUGUAAAUUUGUUACAAUUUUGUUUAGAUAUUGAUGAUCUUAGUAAACGAAUGCUCAAUCCAGAAAUGACAAAAGAAAUGGAAGAAAAUUUAUUCAUUGAUGCUCAAAAUAUUUAUUCAACAUAUUUAGAUCCAGAAGGUAGUGAAUAUGUUUAUUUACCGUGGCAUAUAUCCCAAGGAAUGCAGCAAAUACUUAAAGGCGGAUCAAGUAAAAUUCAGGAAUUAAGAACAUCAAGACCAUUAUAUGAAGCUCAUCAAGAAGCUCAUGCUCUUCUUGAAACUAUUUGUCUACCCUCAUUCCAUCACAGUUACGAGUUGUACAAACUAUUAUGUGGCUCACCGGUCUCAAGUAAUUUCACAAAAACCUCUACCCAAUCUGGUAUGUCCGGAGGAGCUGGGAUGGGAACUCGAUUAAGUAAUCAACUUGGGAAGAUUCGAGGAGCUCUUCGUGCAACUCCUGUUGAUGGUGCAACUUUUGAAACUCCAGAUGUUUUCCAAGCGGAAGAGGUCGAUUGUACACCAAGAACUUAUCAGGAUAUGAAUUUUUCUUCUGAUAAGUGCAACAGGGAUUUAACAGCUUGGCGAGUGACUGUUCCUCAUGUUGAUGGAGGAGGAAGCUAUCCUUUAUAUAUGGUAGCCAUUCAUAGUGUUGCUGAAAAUAAAUCCUGGACAAUUUUAAGACGAGAUCAAGAUUUUUAUACUCUUCGUGCCCGCUUGAUGGAAUUCCAUGGUGAUCGAGAGAUGAAUGAUUCUCCUUUGCCUAUACGUAAAAAUCAGUAUGUUUCUAUAGCAGCAAACCGUCAACGAUAUGAAGAGUUUCUUCAAAAGUUGCUAGUUAAACCGACAUUAAGAAGUAGUGAAUUAUUACAUACUUUCCUAACUGUUCCGGAUCUCAAACCAUGUUUAACAAGUUAUAGCACACCAGAUAUUGGCGUACUUUACCAAAGUGUUGCUCAUAAAUUACGAAAAGAGAAAGGUCAGCAUCUUGAUAAAUUUAUGAACACUUUCUUAGCGUCUACAAAUGCAGAGAAUGACCAAGUCAACUUGGGAGUAGACCCAAUAAAUGAUAACCAUUUUGUUGAAUCUAUGAAAAAGGGUAGAGAUUUGAUAUCUGGUCCAUUUAAUAAUAAUUUAAAUAUCAAUCCAAGUCUCAACUUACCGUACUGCGCACCAAAAAAACAACACGUUAAAGGAGCUUGUUUUUGCAUUGCUGAAGCAGUGGACAGUUUGUUAAAUGUUUCACCAUCACUAUCAACAAUUCUUUGGUUAACUGCAUCAUUAUCUUCUUCGAAUAUAGAUCCAAUUUGUAAUAAAUUUCUGGACGAUACAUUAGCCAAAUUAUUAAGUGGAGGUCGUGCUGCAAUAGUAGUAAAACUUUUGCAUAAUACAAUAUUCAAUUCGAAAGUAUCGAAAAGGCCUCCAUCUCCAGUAGUGAAAGAUGAAGAACGGUAUAAAAGUGCUAAAGAAGGGUUAUAUUCUAUUUGUCCGAAAUGGCUUAUUGGUAUACGGACUCGGUAUUGGACUAAAAUGAUGGAUUCACUUUUAGAUCCAUUACAAAAUGCUCCUUUAAAUAAACAUCUUGCUUAUAUGCUAGUGGAUCAACUGAUUGUGUCACUUUUCCCUGAGUUAUCAAACGGAAAUUGAUUAUUAACAAUAAAAAAAUCGGUCGGUAAAUAAAAAUUAUUAACGGUCAACUAACAUUCCAUAAAUGAACUGUGAGUAAAAAGUUUCUAUGAAGUUAUUUAAAUUAUCCGUAAAAAUUAAAUAACGGAUUUAUUCAAUUAAAUUAAAGAAAUUAAUUAUUGAAUUUGUUAUAUCAACUUAAAGUUUUAUAGCACACUGUUUUGUUGAAUGUUCUAUUAAUUUUGUUAUGAGAAUGUGAGUUUCGAUUUUUAAAUCAAGACUGAAAAGAAUGAAGACAAAUUGAAAAUUUGUUAAUUAUAUCUUUAUUUUUAUUUUGUAAUGUAGGUCGAUAUUAUAAAUUUUUCCAGCUAUGUAAUAAUUUCAUAUGGAUAAUCUUUGUGAUAAAUUAAGAAUAUUUAUAAAAAUAUUAUAAGGAAAAAAUUAUUGAAGAUUAAGUACAGGAAUAUACAUACACUUUAUU